AUGUCGCCGUCCAAGGAUGAUGGAGGGCCGCAGCUGACGUUUAAGAGGCUACAUCCAACCUUCGGUGUAGAGGUCGAGGGCAUGGACUGGACGCAGUCACCGGUACCAAAGACACUUCUGGACGAAAUAAUAACAGCCAUCAAUCGAGAAGGUGUUCUGGUGUUUCGCAACGCCAACUUGAACAACGAGGAACAUGUGGCAUUCUCUCAACAGCUCGCAGGCCAUCAAGAUCUCUACGACGUCAAAGCCCACAUCAAAGCUGGCAGAGCUAUGCGCUUUCCCGAGCAGCCAGAGAUCUUCGAUGUAUCAAAUCUAGACAACAACGGCAAUAUUGUGACGGAAGCGGAUCCGAUGCGCAAGGAAGGCAACAAAGGCAACUUCCUGUGGCAUGCUGAUAUGGCAUACAAUCCACACCGAGCGCUCUACUCCUUGCUACGAGCAGUAGAACUACCGCCGAAAAGCAGUGGUGGCGAGACACAAUAUCUAGACUCCCGAACAGCGUGCGAAGAGCUUCCGGAAGAUCUAAAGAAAGAGAUCAACGGCCUCAUUACCCACAACUCGUUAAUGCAUAAUCGUAAGCUCGGCUCCCCAGAAUACUUCAAAUCUGUCGAACCACUCGACGCUCCGAUGGCGAAAUAUCAGCUGGUCACACCUCACGAAGGAUCUGGUCGUGACAACCUCUAUCUAACAACUUAUGCACAUCAUCUGGAUGGCCGGUCAUGGGAAGACAGCAAACCCCUGUUCGACCGCUUGUGGAAUCAUUUGACACAAGAAAAGUAUGUUCUGACUGUUUAUUGGGAGAACAACGGAGAUUUGGUGAUGUGGGACAAUACAGCUACCCUCCAUCGAGCAACUGACACAGGUAGCUAUGGUGGCAAGUAUGUCCGUGACAUGCGUCGAACAACAACCAAAGACACCAGUAGAUAUCGUUUUGGUGAGAAUGAGGAUCAUUCCUGGGAGGCGGGAAUCUCGAAGGUAAAGACAGAAGGGGAACAUUGA